GGAGAGCCAGGCCCAAGCGGCGAUUCUAAAGCAUCACAAUUCUGCCUUCAAGUGAAGAGCAGCAUCUCAGAGCAGGAAGAAGAAGAUGGUGCAGGGUGAGGGACAGAGCCUGGCCAGGGACUCGGCCGCCGCCCCCGACCUGCCGUGCCACGAGGACGCUGCCCUGGCGAAGCCAGACCAGAAGCAUGAGACCAGCCUGUACAGCCACUACGAGGAGAAGGUGCGGCCCUGCAUCGACCUCGUGGACUCCCUGCGGGCCCUGGGCGUGGAGCAGGACCUGGCGCUGCCCGCCAUCGCCGUCAUCGGCGACCAGAGCUCGGGCAAGAGCUCCGUGCUGGAGGCCCUGUCGGGGGUGGCCCUGCCCAGGGGCAGCGGGAUCGUGACGCGGUGCCCCCUGGUGCUGAAGCUGAAGAAGCUGAUGAACGAAGACAGCUGGAAAGGCAAGAUCAACUACCAGGGCGUCGAGGUUACUAUAGCUAAAGCUUCGGAUGUGGAACAAGAAGUCAAUAAAGCCCAGGCCGUCAUCGCUGGGGAUGGACUGGGCAUCAGCCACGAGCUCAUCACCCUGGAGGUCAGCUCCCCCGAGGUCCCGGACCUGACCCUCAUCGACCUGCCCGGCAUCACCAGGGUGGCCGUGGGGAACCAGCCCCAGGACAUCGGGGAGCAGAUCAAGGCCCUCAUCAGGAAGUACAUCCAGCGGCAGCAGACCAUCAACCUGGUGGUGGUGCCCUGCAACGUGGACAUCGCCACCACCGAGGCGCUGAGCAUGGCGCGGGAGGUGGACCCCGACGGCGACCGGACCCUGGGAAUCCUGACCAAGCCCGACCUGGUGGACAGAGGCACGGAAGACAGGGUGGUGGACGUGAUCCGCAACUUCAUCUGCCCCCUGAAGAAGGGCUACAUGAUCGUCAAAUGCCGGGGCCAGAAGGACAUCCAGGACCGGUUGAGCCUGGCCCAGGCGCUGCAGAAGGAGCAGGCCUUCUUCGAGGAGCACCCCCACUUCAGGCAGCUUCUGGAGGAAGGAAGGGCCUCCAUCCCCAAGCUGGCCGACCGGCUGACCUCCGAGCUCAUCAGGCACAUCUCUAAAUCUCUGCCGCUGUUAGAGAGCCAGGUGAAGGAGAACCACCAGAACGUGAGCGCCGAGCUGCAGAAGUGCGGCACCGACAUCCCCGAGGGGGAGAGCGAGAAGCUGUUCUUCCUGAUAGACAAAAUUAAAGCAUUUAACGAGGACAUCACCAUCCUGACAGAAGGGGAAGAAACUGUGAAGUCAUCUGAAACGCGGCUUUUCACCAAAAUCCGAAGAGAGUUUCACAAGUGGAAUGAAGAGGUCGGAAAGAAUUUCCUUAAGAGUUUCUUGGACAUCCGGAGAGAGAUCACCAAGUACGAAAACCAGUACCGUGGCCGCGAGCUGCCGGGCUUCGUGAACUACAAGACGUUCGAGACGCUCGUGCGGAGGCAGGUGAAGAUGCUGGAGGAGCCCGCCGUGCAGAUGCUGCACCAAGUGGCAGAUCUGACCCGACAAUCCUUCGUAGAAGUGGCAGAGAAGAAUUUCCCCGAAUUUUUCAACUUCUUCCGGACCAGCAAGACCAAAAUUGAGGACAUUAAGACAGAGCAGGAGCAAGAAGCCGAGAAGUGUAUCCGGCUCCACUUCCAAAUGGAGCAGAUCAUCUACUGCCAGGACAGCUCUUACCGGGAGGCCUUGCAGCACACCCGGGAGCAGGAGGCCCAGUGCAGCAAGAAGGGCAAGCAGUCCAGCCUGCUCUCUCUUUCCCCGGAGUCCUCCAUGGAUGAGAUCUUCGAUCAUCUGACCGCCUACCACCGGGAAGGGGCUGCUGUCCGAAGCUGA